UGGAGUCGCCAUUCAACCACCUGAAGGUUGCCGAAAGCGAUCAUAAACCGUAUUUACGUUUAUAUUUGUCUUGCUAUGGAUGUCCCCAAGAAUAUGAGGUUAAUGACAGUUUGAAUUGUUGAUAAUUCCAUUGUUUUCCGAGUUUUUAUUGCCUGCGGCAUCAAUUAGAAACAUUAAAUGCACGUGGCUUAGUGGGAAUUGAGUGAAAAUCAGUGACACGCCCUCCAAAAUGAGUGAAAACGAUUCUGUUUAUGGGACCACCCUAUCCCAAGAAUCCAUGAAAGUCAUCGCCGAGAGCAUUGGUGUAGGAAAUUUACCGGAUGAGGCUGCCAAGGAUCUUGCGGAGGAUGUUAGUUAUCGUUUGAAAGAAAUUAUACAGCCUUCGGUUUUAACACCAAAUUAUUUCGACUAUGACGAUUCUAUUGUUCAGGAUGCCGCUAAAUUCAUGAGACACGGGAAACGUCAGCGUUUGACAAGCCACGACGUCGAUCACGCGUUGAAAAUAAAAAAUAUCGAGCCCACUUAUGGCUUUUUCGCCAAGGAUCACAUGCCCUUCAGAUUCGCCUCAGGGGGAGGGCGGGAAUUACAUUUUGUGGAGGAGAAGGAGGUUGAUCUCAGUGACCUUAUAGCUAUGGCUGGAACGGCUACAUGGCCAAAAUUACCUCUAGAGAUAAGCCUCAGGGCUCACUGGCUGUGUAUCGAUGGCAUCCAACCAACGAUACCUGAAAAUCCACCACCAGUUUCUAAAGAGAUUCAGAAAUUGGAGAGUGUCGAUCCCACGGCAAAACUCACCAACAAAUCCACCAACAUGAAUGUUGGGAAGCCAGGGGGCGGUGGCAAAGGUCAUAAACUUCGAAAUGUAGAGACAGUGCAUGUGAAGCAACUUGCCACUCAUGAAUUGAGUGUUGAACAGCAAUUAUAUUACAAGGAAAUCACAGAGGCCUGCGUGGGCUCAGACGAGGCUCGUAGGGCUGAGGCUCUACAGUCACUCUCAGCUGAUCCUGGCCUUCAUGAAAUGCUUGCCAGAAUGUGCACGUUCAUUGCCGAAGGAGUGAGAGUGAACGUAGUCCAGAACAAUCUCGCAUUGCUGAUUUAUCUCAUGAGAAUGGUGAAGGCUCUACUUGAUAAUCCCAGUCUUUAUCUGGAGAAAUAUCUUCACGAAUUGAUCCCAUCAGUAACUACCUGCAUAGUCUCGAAACAACUGUGUAUGCGACCAGAAAUGGACAAUCACUGGGCCCUCCGAGACUUCGCGUCGCGUUUGAUGGGACAAAUCUGCAGGAACUUCAAUACAUCUACCAAUAACAUCCAGACACGUAUGACAAGGAUGUUCGGUCACGCGUUAACGAAGAAUCCUCAAACUCCGUUGGCUACACUCUAUGGUGCAGUUAGCGGCCUCUGUGAAUUAGGCGCAGAAGUGAUAAAGGCCAUUGUGAUACCAAAAAUAAAAACUGUAUCAGAACGCAUUGAGGGGUGUGUAGAUGCUACAGCUCCCUCCAAUGUUGACAAAAAUGCUGCUGGGCAUAUUAAAUCAACACUUGUGAAGUCAGUGGCACCUAUCCUAAAGACAAUGAGAUCUGCUCCCGAUUUUGUUGACGAUUAUAAGCAGGAUUAUGGGUAUUUGGGCCCUGCACUCUGUGCUGCUGUUGCUAAAGCGAGAACUCAACCUGCCGCUGUUGCACAUUCACCAUCAACCAGCGGGACUGGACUAGCAGCGACACAACCACCGACUGCCAAGACAAUCGUUCAAAAUGAAAAUAUUUCAGUGGCCAGUCAACCCAGCCAGUCGAGCCAGCCACGUACGAUUGUUGUGAAUGCACCGAGGAAUCCAGGCGUUAGUCCUGUUAGUACUGGUCCAAAAUACGUUAUUGUACAGUCGAGGUCACAGACACCAACGGGUGCUCAGCAACAGCCACCGACAAAUCCUCAGUCACAGGGACAGCCCAAUCCACAGCAGAUUAAAAUCACUCAGAGCACUAUACAACAGAAACCACAACAGACUGCACCACCUAAACUUGUCGUUGUCUGCAUGCAGAACAGCAGUCAUACUAGUACAACAACUAUGUCUCAGGUGACAACCAUAAACAAGACACAGAGCGUUUUCAUGAUGCAGCAGACUCCAGAUAGAUCAUUGAGUCCAGAUGAUGAUCACGCAUUCAUGUAGCACAGAUAAAUUCCCAAUUAUAUGAAAACAAUCAAAAUUGAAAGACAUUUAUUCUUGUCCAAAGGAUUCUGUUCCCAAGCAACUGUAUUAUCGCAUCUAAAUCAUGAAGUGAAAUAUAAAUAGAUUUAUUUUUACCGGA